CCGUCUGAAGAGUGACACGCCAUUCAAUCCGCUGCCCGACGCUGGGAGGAAGCACCGAGUCUCUGAGCGUUAAUCAUUAUUAAUAACACAGUCUCUAACAGACAGCAGCUGCGCGAGGAAGAGGAGAGGAAGAAGAGCCACCGAGUCCUGUCGACAUGGGGAUCCGAAAGAAGACUACCAAGACCCCUCCGGUUCUGAGCCAUGAGUUUGUGAUCCAGAACCAUGCAGACAUUGUUUCCUGUGUUGCUAUGGUGUUCCUGCUGGGGCUGAUGUUCGAGGUCACCUCGAAGUUCGCCGUGCUCUUCAUCACCGUGCAGUACAACGUCACCAUCUCUACGAACGGCCCAGAGGAGACGGCGGUGAACCACUUCCACCACGGCAUCAAAGACCUGGCCACCACCUUCUUCUACAUGCUGGUGGCCAUCAUCAUGCACGCCAUCAUCCAGGAGUACGUACUGGACAAAAUCAACAGGAAGAAGCACUUCUCCAAAACCAAGCACAGCAAGUUCAACGAGUCGGGGCAGCUCAGCGCCUUCUACCUGUUCUCAUCCGGCUGGGGCACGAGCAUCCUGCUGUCCGAGAACCUGCUGUCCAACCCGGUCUCGCUGUGGGAGGGAUACCCACACACACUCAUGCCGUUCCAGAUGAAAUUCUACUUCAUCUGUCAGCUGGGCUACUGGCUGCACGCUCUGCCAGAACUGUACUUCCAAAAGACAAAGAAGGAGGAUAUUCCUCGGCAGCUCGUCUACAUCUUCCUUUACCUCGUCCACAUCGCCGGCGCCUACAUCCUCAAUCUGAACCGCCUGGCUCUGGUUCUGCUGGUUCUGCACUACGUCAUCGAGCUGCUGUUUCACGUGUCCCGACUCGUCUACUUCAGCAAUGAGAACCGACAGUCGGGCUUCACACUCUGGGCGGUUCUGUUCGUGCUGUGCCGGCUGCUCACUCUGUCGCUGUCCGUCCUCACCGUGGGCUUCGGACUCGCCACCUCCGAGAACCAGGGCUUCGAUCUGUCUGCAGGAAACUUUAACAUCAUCUUUGUCCGGAUCACUGUCCUGGCGGCCAUCUGCCUGACGCAGGCCUUCAUGAUGUGGAAAUUUAUCAACUUCCAGCUGCGGCGGUGGAGAGAGCACGGCCAGACGCAGAGCCUGAAGAAGAAGCAGGUUCCCGCCAAGAGCAAAUCAAAGAAAGACAAAGCCAAUGGAGUAAACGGAGUGAACUCCAACGGAGCGGAUUCACCGAGAGCGAGGAAGGAGAAGUCGUCAUAAAUACAUACAUUUACCCCCCCCCCCACACACCCCCACUUCCUCCCCCGUAAAUCCCCCACAAUGCAUUUCCAACGCGCCGCUAUUUCAGGCGACCCUGCUCUGCUGUGCCAUUUCAUACGAAAACCAAUUCUGAAAUAAAAUCCGAAAAAAAGAGCUUAUUUAAGAAGUGCCUAUUGAGACCGAGUGUUUUGUACAGGGUGUGUUAUUAAAAAAAUCAGGAAUAAUGACUGUUUAAUGCCCCCCCCCAUAUAAUUUCAUGCUUAAUGUCCUAAAUGGUGUGUAUUCAAGUUGUGAUUCAUCCCCCUUUAUUUUGUAUUUAUACCUGCAAGCCUGUAAACUUUGAAUUUCCCCAUUAUAUCUUACAUUUUUCACAAACUGAGUUGCACACAGUCUGUUUACACCUCAGACUCUCAGAAAGGAUAGUUUUUCCACAUGUCAGCGGCCAAAAACAUGGGAAAAUAAGGUAUAAAGUGUAGGUAUAAACACACUCACAGUUCAGUAUUUCUGCAGAGUGUCCUGAUGUAGCAUUGCAUUUCUGCAGCUUUAAGAGAUAUUCCUUAAUGUUAAAUGAUCCUGUCGACACACAAACACACUUUCUGUUUUAUUUCUGAGUCAUUUAACAUCAUUUUAUAGUUUAAGUUCAGGCAUUACCACCCCUCAAGUGUGUUUGAUUUGUAUGGUUCUUGCUGUGUAAAUGGAUUCCGGGUUUAUCCUGUAUUUUCUGGCCGUAUUGCUUCUCCUUCACCACUUCCUCCUGUCUGAGUUCUUGUUAAAGAUAUUCUGUUUAGCUCCUCUUCCCCCCCACCGCUGUAGACCGUGCCAAAUGAGCCUGGUUGACAUAUGAUGUAUGCCGUUCACUCUCACGUGCCAUUAAAUGAAUCACCAUGGUAACACUGGCUCAUUAACUAAUUGUACACUUCAGCAGAGUAUGUGCUUUUAUCAACUGGUCCUGAUGGUUUGUCUGACAUACAGAGAAAUAAAAUGUUUUAUUGAAAAAAGGUUGUGUUUAUUAAAUAAACUAGUAUCACACAA